CAAAAAUUUAAAGGGUGUCUUUCCCGAUUUUUGUUUCCGAGUUGUGUCGUCUAUAAACGUCCCAAAGUUGUAGAUUGAGAAUUUGAUCGAGUUAGUAGGCGUCGAACUGCAAUGGCGGCACCGCCAGAAAUGUCAACAGAGGAUGGAGGAGACUACAUCGGAAACAUCACAGAGGAGUCCAACCGAAAUGAGGGUAUAGGCCUAGUAUUAACUGAAGUCGAUGCGCUGCAAGAAUCUUUAACACUGGAUAUUUCGCCACGAGACGAGAAGGAUGACAGAUUGCCGCAUCAAUCAAACGAUGAACCCACAACAAGAAAACGCAAAAGUGGUAGUCCAAACAAAUCUGGCUCGUCACAACCUGAGCUGGAGAUGUCCUGUGUUGAAGCGGAACUGCAACCGGAUGAGGAAGUAUUGACAAGUAAACGUAGAAGCGGACACCCAAAAAAGCCAGUGUUUCAAAAAACGAAAUCAAGCGAGGCAUCCGCACCAAAAAAACGCAGAACAUCGAAGAAAUUUCUUGACCCUGCUUUGCUUGCUAAGAACAAGACAUCACGAGAUGACAUUGAGAAAUCACCGGGAACAUUCAAAACAAAUUUACCGCAAAGAGCGCGGAGAUUGGCUUCGCUUGCGAUUCCAAAAUGCAUGGCGGAAUUUGCACAGCAGGCCAAGUUGAUUAAGAGGGCCAUGGAGGAGGAGAAGAACAUUGAGAAGAAGAUUGUGAAGUUACCGGAGGGAAUUCAGCCAAAAUUGACGCAGAGAGUUAGCGAGAAAAAUGAUGUGCCAGAGUUUUCAUGCGGGCUGUGUGACAGGACUGCCGACAGUAUGGCCAAGUUGAUUGAGCAUUUUAAAGACGUCCACGGAGUUGGCACUUUAUUGCAGCUCGGACGUCCAAAAGGGAAAAAACACAGAUUAGAUCACGGUAGUGAUUCAAGAAGAGAGGAGAUUUUGACUUGUGGAUUUUGCGGCAAGACGGAACGGUCUACAAAAGCGCUUAUGAUGCAUUUUGUGCUGAUGCAUCCUGCCUCAUCCACGACCAUUGCUGAUGACAAGAAACCAGCAGGUACGUUCGUCGGUAGUGGCGACUUCGUUUGUGGGUUAUGCGGCGUACAAAAGGACAAAGACACGGAACUGAUGGGCCAUUAUCGCGUAGCACAUCCUGUGUUCCCUCCUCCAUUUGGUGGAGAGCCAAAAAAGAAUGCGCCAACAGGCAACAGACGAAAACAAAAUUUGAAGACGAUAAAAGAGAAUGCUCAGAUGAAUUUCAGAAUCACAGGUUCUAAAAUUGUGGCAGUGUGAUGUGUUUUGAAGAAAUGUCAAUGACGAGAUAUAUUACCACUCCAUGACAGCAUCCUGAGGAAGUCGGGGCAUAAUGUUGGCUUCUCCGCCCAGCACACUUCCUCAGGAGACCACGACAGUGGAUAGUGCACAAUUGUGUGUACUGUUUUUGCCUGCAUUUAUAUUUUAUGGUGCAAUAAA